AUGGAGACCACUGAGACCAGUCACGACCAUGGAGACCUCGCAGACCAGUCACGACCAUGGAGACCACUGAGACCAGUCACGACCAUGGAGACCACUGAGACCAGUCACGACCAUGGAGACCACACAGACCAGUCACGACCAUGGAGACCACACAGACCAGUCACGACCAUGGAGACCACACAGACCAGUCACGACCAUGGAGACUUCGCAGACCAGUCACGAUCAUGGAGACUUCGCAGACCAGUCACGACCAUGGAGACCACUGAGACCAGUCACGACCAUGGAGACCACACAGACCAGUCACGACCAUGGAGACCACGCAGACCAGUCACGACCAUGGAGACCACUGAGACCAGUCACGAUCAUGGAGACCUCGCAGACCAGUGCAACCUGGAGUCCGCUGGCACAAGUGACAACGUGGAGUCCGCUGGCACAAGUGACAACCUGGAGUCCGCUGGUACAAGUGACAACCUGGAGUCCGCUGGUACAAGUGACAACCUGGAGUCCGCUGGUACAAGUGACAACCUGGAGUCCGCUGGUACAAGUGACAACCUGGAGUCCGCUGGUACAAGUGACAACCUGGAGUCCGCUGGUACAAGUGACAACCUGGAGUCCGCUGGUACAAGUGACAACCUGGAGUCCGCUGGCACAAGUGACAACCUGGAGUCCGCUGGCACAAGUGACAACCUGGAGUCCGCUGGCACAAGUGACAACCUGGAGUCCGCUGGUACAAGUGACAACCUGGAGUCCGCUGGUACAAGUGACAACCUGGAGUCCGCUGGUACAAGUGACAACCUGGAGUCCGCUGGUACAAGCGACAACCUGGAGUCCGCUGGUACAAGUGACAACCUGGAGUCCGCUGGUACAAGUAACAACCUGGAGUCCGCUGGUACAAGUGACAACCUGGAGUCCGCUGGCACAAGUGACAACCUGGAGUCCGCUGGCACAAGUGACAACCUGGAGUCCGCUGGUACAAGUGACAACCUGGAGUCCGCUGGCACAAGUGACAACCUGGAGUCCGCUGGUAGGUGUUCUAUGUCGGGGCUGCACACUUACAAGCGAGUCUCACGUUGGUUGUAUAUUAGCGUUCGGGAGAUAGAUCUCACCAAGUCCCAGAAGGCAAAUACAGACGACGUUUGA